GCUGAGCCAGAAACAACCCCGAGCCCAGAGGAGAGGAGACAUCACUCGCAGCCCACCACACAGGAAGAGGAAGACGCAGAGAGUGAAACCAUGGCCGAGAGUCGGAGCGGAUCUGCCACGGGGGGGCGAGGGGCGAGGGAACCACAGACGGGUCACAGAGACGCCGGUAGAGACGGCGAACGGAUGCUCGCGGCCAAUCCCUCCGAGGAAGGGUUUGUGCCGGUGGAGAAAGACGCACCCCGGGUGCCGUCUGAGGGGGUCGGCCAGGACGCAGGGGGCAGGGAGAGGGGGUGUGAGACGAGAGGGCACCCUGGGAAGAAACCCCCUCAGGAGAUGUCUGGUCAGCAUGGUUCCGUUUCCCCCGGGGAACCUUCCAUGGAGAAAAACCUUGGGCGUGUUGGAAGAAAUCCAAGGCAAAGUCAGAACGGAAUUCCGUCUCGGCAGGAUGAACGUUGGACACACGCUGAUGAGGUUGGGGACGCUUGUGAUGGAAUGGGGGUUCUGGAUCAUCUAGAUAAAAGAUCCUUACCCUCGUCCUCACACCUGACAGGUGACUCAUUGAUGAGGACAAGGGAUGGGCGGGCACUGGACAAUCAUCAAGUCAGCGAAGGAAACACGAAUCAUGAGAGCGUGAAUGAUCACUUGGUCCGACUCAACAUGGACGGUGAAACUGACAGACUCCCUGGCGACAACGUAACCACGGCCACCGCGCAUCCCUUAAACGCUGCUGAGUGUGUCACUGAGAGAACCAAUGUAGUCGGGGGUGACGUUGGCCUGUGUGCGAAGGUAGAGGAGGAGGAGCCCGGGUUCAAGAUGGCGGCCGCCUCUUCCCCACCGAAGGUUCAGAGUCGCAGCGCUCCAGACAAGAAGAGGGGACCCUCAGAACGCGACACGUCUGCUCUCUCUCCGGCCUCCAAGCUACCACACCUCCAAACAGCCUUCUGCUCGAUGGAGCAAUGCAACUUGGCUCCCUCCCCUCCCCUCCCCCUGGCCGUCCCGGAGGACCUUGACAGAGAGCGACAGGUUGCCACCGUGCAGAGAGAGAGAGACUUUGUUUGUUUCAGCGCCGUCACCACCCUGCCACCCGUCAGUCACCUGUUGCCGGAGAGAGAGGCCCAGCCCAGCGGAGACACGGCUGAUGUGCAGGCUGAGAUGGAGUCCAACCCGGAGGGGAGGGCCAGGAAGAAGGGGCCUCCGCCGCCUGUACCCAAGAAGCCCAAAAACGCCUUCAGUAAGAUGUGGGCGAAGCUUUCGGAAGAGAAGAAGAGCAAAGGAGGUGUUCACCCUCACAGGGAGAAGGAGAGAAGGAGGCAGGGUCAGCUGAACAGAGAGAACACCAGGGACCUAUUCCUCCUCCCCUGCCAGGACACGUCUUCCGAGGGCAACGUGUCCCCAGAUGUGGAUCCUGUGGAUGAUUUCUCCCAGGGCAGAAGAGCAGCUCACAGAGAGGAUCAGUACAGAAAUAUUAUCGAUUUUGACGCCUGGGCGCGUAUGGUGAAACGCUCCAGGGAUGAGGAGCUGAAAAACCUAGACAUGUUGCAAGUGAGACCUCCCGUUGAAACGCGGGCCAAAUCCAAGGGUCCACCUCCUCCCAUACCUAAGAAACCCAAAAACCCAUUUGCGUCUUCAGGUGCAUUUCCAGGGUCAGAGGUCACAGCUGGCCUUACAGAUGAUGACCACCAGGAAGUGGAACCCGUCGUGUGGAGGACCAGGGCGGAGGACAACCUCCGACCUGACCGGGUCAGCUGGAGGGACUCAUGUGACUGCGGCAACCGCCGAGAAGCGAGCGACGAAGAGGAGGGUAGCGAUGGCGAGGCUGUGGAGGAGAGCGAGGUGUCUUGCUACAAGCCUGUGUCUGAGCUCAUUAAGGAGACCAACCAGAUGCACCAGAAGGUCAGACGUCACAGGGACUCGUUCAGAGGCCCAGACACCAGGCCCGACGGCGGGCCAAGCGAGCAGGGAUCCAGUCUCAAGGUGUCCCAGAUGAAGAAGACUUUCGACGCCACGAAGAAGCCCGCGGAGAGGCCACCAGAGUCCAAGCCUCCGCCCAAGAAAGACAUGUUCAGGCGAGUCGUGCGACAGAGUAAGUUCCGUCACGUCUUCGGCCAGGCGGUGAAGAACGACCAGUGCUAUGACGACAUCCGCGUCUCCCGGGUCACAUGGGACAGCUCGUUUUGCGCCGUCAACCCCAAGUUCGUCGCCCUCAUCAUCGAGGCCAGCGGGGGCGGGGCCUUCCUCGUCCUCCCUCUACAGAAGACUGGUCGCAUAGACAAGACCUACCCCACCGUCUGUGGUCACACGGGGCCUGUGCUGGACAUUGACUGGUGCCCUCACAACGACCACGUCAUCGCCAGCGGCUCGGAGGACUGCACUGUCAUGGUGUGGCAGAUCCCUGAGAACGGCCUGACCGUUGCCCUGUCGGAGCCGGUGGUCGUGCUGGAGGGACACUCCAAGAGGGUUGGCAUCGUAACCUGGCACCCCACCGCCCGCAACGUACUCCUCAGUGCAGGCUGCGACAACCAGAUCAUCGUGUGGAACGUGGGCACGGGCGAGGCCAUGAUCACGCUGGAGGACAUGCACCCCGACGUGAUCUUCAGCGCCUGCUGGAGUCGCAACGGCAGCCUCAUCUGCACCGCCUGCAAGGACAAGAAGGUCCGCGUCAUCGACCCGCGCAAGGAGAAGCUGGUGGCGGAGAAGGACAAAGCCCACGAGGGGGCUCGACCAAUGAGAGCCAUCUUCCUCGCCGACGGCAACAUCUUCACCACCGGCUUCAGCCGCAUGAGCGAGCGGCAGCUGGCCCUGUGGAACCCUAAAAGCAUGGAUGAGCCGAUAUCAGUCCACGAGAUGGACACCAGCAACGGAGUCCUCCUGCCCUUCUACGACCCAGACACCAACGUGGUCUACCUGUGUGGCAAGGGCGACAGCAGCAUCCGCUACUUUGAGAUCACGGACGAGGCUCCGUUCGUGCACUACCUCAACACCUUCAGCAGCAAGGAGCCUCAGCGAGGAAUGGGGUACAUGCCCAAGAGAGGUCUGGACGUCAACAAAUGCGAGAUCGCCAGGUUUUAUAAACUGCAUGAGAGAAAGUGUGAGCCGAUCAUCAUGACUGUUCCACGGAAGUCGGACCUGUUCCAGGACGACCUGUACCCGGACACGGCGGGGCCGGACUGCGCCCUGGAGGCGGAGGAGUGGUUUGACGGGAAGAACGGCGAGCCCAUCCUCAUCUCCCUGAAGAACGGCUACGCGCCCGGCAAGAACCGGGACCUGAAGGUGGUCAAGAAGAACGUUCUGGAGAGCAAACCGGCUACUAAAGCAGAGCACACCUCACCGGCCCAGAAACAGGCCUCUCCACAGCCCUCAAUAAAAAACGAGGGUAAGAUGGAGGAGCUGCUCCGAGAGGUCAAGUCUCUGCGCGACCUCGUGACCCUACAGGAUCGCAGAAUCGCCAAACUGGAGGACCAGGUCUCCAAGGUCGCCAUGUAGGAAACCCCACCCCCACCACCCCCCCCCCCCCCCUUCUCAGGACCAAUCCUCGGUUUGGAGAGAGUCACGUGGGCGGGGCCAGUCACUGCCAAAUUGAAAAUUCGGCUUCAUCAUUCCGCUUGGUGUUUUCCCAGUGACAAUCCCAAGGACACAUUCCAAGACGUUUUUUUUCUCUGUCGUCAUGCCAACCCUCUCACUCCUCCCUCUUAAAACACUGACAAAGAAAAAAAAACUCUUGCGAUCCAUCGUCCACCUUUUUACCGGGGAUAAAACGUAUAACUGCCAUUUUUGUUGAUGGUUUUGUUGAAGUCUUAAUUAUUUUGGGGGGUUUUGUUAUUGUUUGAAAUUGUGGUCAAGGACAUUCUGAUUGUGAAGUUUGUACUUGCUGCGAUAAUAUCAAUGAUUUUAUGUAACCAUCAGUAUUGCCAUAUUCCCUUGAUUUUCGUGCUGCCAAAUUUAAACGGUGUGUGUGUGUGUGUGCGCGCGUGUCCAUGCACUCCUACACCCUUCAUUUCUUUGUGUGUCUUCUCUCUCCUGUUGUACAUUCCACAGGCUCUCAUAGAAAUGAAUUAGUCAACAAGAAGAGCUGUUUUUUUUUUUUUGUUCUCUCUCUCUCUCCAAACUAUAGCUGUUACACUGUUGCUGACGAGUGAGAAACACGAUUUUCUGCCCACAGCUCGUGUUCAUAAGCAUCAGGUGGGUGAAUGUGAAGGGGCUCCUUCGGCUACUUUUAGCACCUGCUCUUUACGGGCUUUAGAUUUUAACUGUGGGGGGUGGGGAGGGAGGGAGGGUGGGGCGGGGAGGGCGUUUUGGAGGCGGUUCGGAGAACCGUGGCGCUCUGGUGUAAAUGUUGUGUAAAUGUAGUGGUGCCUCUGUCACUCUGUGACUGGUAUUAAGGGUCAAACUGAGGUAGGACUCCCUGCUGUCUGUGAAGGGACCACUCUCUCAGCACCUGUUUCACUGAACCCUCUGACAAAUAGUCCUGUGCAUGCAAUAAAGAUUUUACUCAUGCAGAUGUCUUCUCCACAAUAAAUCCCUUUGU